AUGAUGCCGGAACCCGCUGCUCGGGCGGAAAGCUCCUGCAAACGCUGUCAUCGAAGAAAGAAGCGCUGUGACAAGACUCUACCACAGUGUCAAGCAUGUCAACAUGCCAAGGUUUCCUGUAGUUUUCUGGACGAUGAAACUCAGGUGGCUUCCUAUCCGGUCGCAUAUGUGCGCGGUUUAGAGAGACGGGUCAAAGAGCUGGAAGAACAACUUGCAUCGUCGCUCACACCUCAGAAUUCCCAGACCGAUCCGUCGUCCUACCCAUGGGAUCAGGAUGCAGAUAUCCAUCUAGACGAGAACGCGAUGAAUUUGGAUAACCUCACAACAAAUACAUCACCUCCUGCACCGACAAAAGAGCAUCCAUUGCCUCGCUCCGAUUCACAACCUAUUUCUCCCCUGUUGAAUAUCUCCGGGCAGCGAAGUGGAAACCUGGCCGACGAGCUGAGAUUGUUGUCAUUGGAGGCAGCAGCAGAGAGAUAUUUGGGCUCCUCGUCCGGCCUCUCCUUUGCCAAAUUAACCCAAACUGUCCUCCAGCGACUAUCUCCUGACCAAGAAGGAUUCAUGUUUGACGGGGGCGUCACAGAUAAUCAACGGCAGAGCUGUGAUUCCGAUCCUGAACCUGAUCCAUUUUCCAAUUCUGAUUCCAUAUUUUUCGAGAUGAAUGCUUCGUUGACCGGCCCUCUUCCUCUGAACUCGAUCUUUAGCAACCCAGUGGUUGCAGAAUUUGAGGACUCGAUGGGCCUCGCCUUAUUGGAUCCCUCCCACAUCGGUUCUUUACUCGAGUUUUACUUCGCCCACUCACAUACUCUCUAUCCCUUUAUUCGAAAGAGCGAAUUCGAAGCGGUUCUAUGGAGGGUAUACGGUGAUCCCCUGGAUCCCCUAGCUCAGUCACCUUUGUGGCAGUUCCGAAUUUGGAUGGUUCUCGCGAUCGGUUCCACAACUUAUUGCUCUGUGUCACUUAUGGACGAGACUGAACCUUUACAAUUCUUUAAUAAGGCUAUGACCUAUUUUGAAGCCGCGAUGGGAUGCGGGGACUUGGCUGGCUUAGAGGUAUUGAUGCUGCAGGUUUCAUACUCGUUCUUUAAUAAAAUUGGACCCAACACUUGGUUCUUGGUUGGUGUAGCGGCUCGCAUGGCCACAGGGAUGGGACUCCACACAUCAGACAUCUAUCAGACUCUAGCGCUGGACAAUGCUGAACAGCAGAAACGACUUUUCUUUUCUUUGUAUAUGAUGGACCGUGUGGUGUCGCUAGCUUUGGGGAGACCAUUUGCUAUUCAAGACGAUGAUAUAACAGUUGAGCCGUUUGCCGACGCCGACGACGCAAAUAUCCAGCCAGACGGUAUAGUUGCCUCAUCGACACUGGAGGCGUCGACAAUGGCAGUUCCCCUUCACAUUCUAGCCCUUCGAAGGAUUGCAAGUGAUAUUGGCAGUCAAGUACAUUCGACGAAAUACAGCCAGCGACAAACCCCAGAGGCCAGAGAGAAAACCAUCCAAAAGCUCCACCGAAGACUCCUUGAAUGGCGUCGCAGCAUGCCAUUCCCCCUACCCGACCUUCAAUCGAAAGUGCCCCAUUUGUGUACGAGCUGGUUCGACCUAAACUAUUAUACCCACGUUAUCAUGCUCUAUCGCCCAUCACCGCUUAGCCCGACGCUGGACGCCGCGCGAAUGAAGAUUCUUGCCGAAGCAUCGGGCAUGGCAAUUCGCCAAGCAACCAAUCUGCACCGACAACGGCGGUUUGCAUAUAAUUGGCUUAAUCUAGUCGCCAUAUUCAAUUCUGCAUUGUCACUUAUGUACACAUCUACCGCUCAAAGUGAGAACCUACCCUUGGUGCUGGAUCACUCACGAGCGAUCGAUGAUCUUGAGUUGGCUGUGGAACUAUUGGACGUCUUCAGUGGAAAGUUUGCUUCUGCGAAGAAGAUUCAAAGCAUGAUCCGGACGGUUUCUGCCAAGUUGAAAAUGUACAAUAUACCCUCCAUGGGGUUCUGA